UAACAAUCAAAGUUUAAAGUUGUACUUAAAGCAAAGCGAAUUCAUCAAACUAAUAACGACUGUCAACAUGUUACGCAGUGUGAGAUAUUGUGACAAAAAUGUACGCGAAUAAGUACUUAGUGUGGGCGGUUUUGCAUGAAGUUCUAUUUUUUAUAUAUCCUACUGUCGCAGUUGAACGGCAAAUAAGACAAAGUCAUAUAAAUUCCUCCAAACUUUCUCCUGAAUUAUCUCAAUCGAAUGAAGAGGACCAGGUAAAAGUUAAUCCUCGAUGGACCAACAUUAACGCUGAGGUGGAUAUGGUAAUCCCAAUGAUUUUAAAUCAUUUGCAUAAUAUAAAGGUCGAACAUUUAAAUCUACCGGAUAUAACAGAGACAAUUUCCUUGACAUUUAUUUUGGUUGAAUAUAAGACACGCUUGAUUUUAAGCAACGGAAUAGUGUAUAACGUGGAAGGAAUAGAGCGAUACGGUGAUGCCAAGAUGACUUACAAAGAAAAGAGGUUUCAUAUUCGAUUUGAUUUGAAAAUAAACAAAUUACAGGUAAUU